UACCUCUUCAAACGCCGCCGUCUCGUCUUGCACCUCGUCUUAGUUCAUACUUGCAACUCUUUGUUCCCAGAGAGAGAGAGAGAGAGUCCAAAGUCCAAAGCAAUUUGAGAGCCACCAUGUCGAAGGAAGAUAGAGACCUCAUCGCUAGUCUGCAAUCUCUCGUACACUCUCUUCAACACAGAGUUAAGGAAUUAGAGGCAGAGAAUACAAUGCUCUUAUCUCGACUUUCCAGUUGUCGUUGUCACGAGAUAGAGGAAGCAUGUGACAGAGCUGUUGUAGAUAGUAGUCAUUGUUUUGAUGAGAAAAGAAGGGAGUCAAAAACAGGUAGUAAGAGGAACACAGUAAAGAACUUAGCAGUGAAAAUCCCAGGUUAUAACACAAGGACCCUGAAUCACCAUUGCAAGAGAUACGUUGCUCUAAAAAUUAUGUAUUUUGGGCAAAGGUUCUAUGCUUUUGCUUCAGAGGCGCAUAUGGAACCAACUAUUGAGUCUGAAAUUUUCAAAGCUUUUGAGAAAACAAGGCUAUUAGUUGGUGACAAGAAGGAGUCACAGUACUCUAGGUGUGGUAGAACAGACAAGGGGGUUUCCUCUGUUGGACAGGUGAUUGCUCUCUUUUUACGAUCAAACCUCAAGGGAACUGGUGUGAACAAUUCUGGAGAUAUUGUUUUAGAAGAUCAAUAUGAAGGAGAAAUUGAUUAUGUGAGAGUGCUAAAUCGAGCCCUUCCUAAUGAUAUUCGAGUUUUAGGGUGGUGUCCAGUUCCAGUUGGCUUCAGUGCAAGGUUUAGCUGUUUGAGCAGGGAGUAUAAAUAUUUCUUUUGGAGGGAAAACCUGAAUCUCUUGGCUAUGGAGAGUGCUGGUAGGAAAUUUGUUGGGGAACAUGACUUCAGAAAUUUUUGUAAAAUGGAUGCAGUAAAUGUGCACAACUACAGGCGGAAUGUCACGUCAUUCGAAAUUUUUCCUUCUGAUGUGAGGUAUGAUGGCAAUCAACUUUGGGCAUUUAAAAUCAAAGGAACUGCUUUCCUAUGGCAUCAAGUUCGUUGCAUGGUGUCUGUACUGUUUUUGAUUGGCCAAGGUCUUGAAUCUGCUGAUGUGAUUGAUGCAUUACUGGAUACUGACAGGACAAUGAGGAAACCUCAGUAUGCCAUAGCUCCAGAGCUUCCAUUGGUUCUUCACUCUUGUGAAUUUGAAAGUCUCAAGUUUAUUUGUUCAGCAGAUGCCGGACAAGCUCUGCAUGUGCACUUUGCAAAUCAAUGCCACAGUUACCAGCUCCAAGCUGCAAUAUUUCAUGAAGCUCUGCUAAGCUGUUUGCCCAUAUCAAGUGCUGCUGAAAAUCAGAGCUCAUUAAAUAAUGGAAAAUCCAAGAAAAAAGCUUCCUAUGUUCGACUCAUGUCACGGGCAACUGAACCAUCGUAUGAAGAGCGAAGGAUGAAACUGAACUCCAAAACAUAGGAUGUAUCAAAAACGUUUUGGAAAGUAAAGAAAGUGUACCUACUUUUGCUGGUCUUUUUUUUUUUUUGGCACAACAAGGUUCUUUCUAAUUGAUUAAAGUUUUUUGAAAUGAAACUUGGUAGUUGGCAGCUGAUGUCUUUUCAAGAGGUUUUUCUUUUUAUUUUGAUUUUCUUUUUGAAAUAUGUUAUAAACGUGUUAACAAGAAAAAUUCUUUUGUAAUAUCUAUAAGAAGGCAAAGCAAGAAAAUCUUUAAUUUUCUGUUAUAUUGGAAUCCAUA